GCUGCCCCCAGGCUCCGCCUUCACCUUGAGCACUCCCAGUGCUCCAGGCCCACUGGUGUUCACGGCCCUGAGCCCAGACUCGCUGCAACUGAGCUGGGAGCGGCCGCGGAGGCCCAAUGGGGACAUCCUUGGCUACCUGGUGACCUGUGAGAUGGCCCAAGGAGGAGGACCAGCCACCACAUUCCGGGUGGACGGAGACAACCCUGAGAGCCGGCUGACAGUGCCAGGCCUCAGUGAGAACGUGCCCUACAAGUUCAAGGUACAGGCCAGGACCACUGAGGGCUUUGGGCCAGAGCGUGAGGGCAUUAUCACCAUCGAGUCCCAGGAUGGAGGGCCCUUCCCGCAGCUGGGCAGUCACACCGGGCUCUUCCAGCACCCACUGCAAGGCGAGUACAGCAGCGUCACCACCACCCACACCAACACCGCUGAGCCCUUUCUAGUGGAUGGACUGACCCUGGGGUCCCAGCGCCUGGAGACAGGCUCACUCACCCGGCAUGUGACCCAGGAGUUUGUAA